AUGGGGAUCCUGCCCAGCCGGGAGAAGCCGCUCAGCGCCGCACCGUUGGCCGCCGUCCCCGCGCCGUCCCCACUGCCCACACAGGCAGCCCCGGGCGGAUUCCAGGCGCUCGCCCUGUGUGAUUUCCCCUCCGGGACGGGCGCGACCGCUGUGCUGAGAAUGGGCGAGCAGCUCCGCGUCCUCUCUGAGGAUGGGGAGUGGUGGCUGGUGGCAUCCCAGGUGUCCGGCAAGGAGUGCCUCAUCCCCAGCAGCUGCGUGGCCAAAGUGCAGCACAGGUGGCUGUACGAGGGCGUGAGUCGGGAGAAAGCGGAGGAGCUGCUGCUGCUGCCGGGCAACCACAGCGGAGCCUUCCUGAUCCGUGAGAGCCAGACCCGGAGAGGCGGUUUCUCACUGUCGGUGCGGCGCACUGAGCUCGCCUCAUGGGAUGCAGUCACACAUUACCGCAUCCACCGCCUGGAGAACGGCUGGCUCUACAUCUCACCCCGCCUCACCUUCCCCAGCCUGCACGACCUCGUGGACCACUACAGCGAGUGUGGGGAGGGUCUGUGCUGCACCCUCAGGGAGCCCUGUGUCACGGAGAUGGCAAAGGCAGUGCCUGCCCUGGUCCGGCCCGCUGUGGUGAAGAAGCCAACGCUCAACUGGGACAAGAUUGACAGCUCCGUCCUGCUCUCAGAGGCUGUGCCACCUCCGGGGGAGGGAGAGGAGGACUCCCCCAUCAGCCUGGGCCUGCGGGAAGCCAUCAGCUCCUACCUGCUGCUGACCGAUGGCGUGGAUACAGAGACCGGCCCUGUGGGGAAGGGGGCGAAGACCAGCUGAGGGCGCAGCUGCCACAGCCCCGGGAUGGGCACCCACGCCUGCCCCACCGUGGGCUGCUGGGCCCUGAGCAGCACUCAGAGGGCACUGCAGAUGCUGCAGCCCUGCAGUGAGGGCACAUGGCUGGCGGUAGCCACACUGACAGUGGUGCAGCUUCUGCAGGAGCUGGGACAGAGCCCAGGGCUGGGGCUGAGCCCAUGCAGAGGCACGGCCCCACAAGCUCCAGGCCCCACAGCACACGUGGGGCUCCACAGAACCUGGGCCCCCAGAGCCCCUCAACAUGACUGGAGCAGCCCUGCCCCACAGCAGAGGCAGGAAGCCGCCCUUACCUCACCCCACAGACACGUUUAAAGCUUUACCUCACCCAUUAAACAGGAUCACGCAGGGCACACAGCA